UGUAGAAAACGAGAAUGGUGGGGGAAAUGGUGCAAGCUUUGACACCUAACCUCCAAUACAAACAUAUCAAAAAUAACUACAGCCGCCGUUUAUGGGUUUCUUAACAACGCUUUGGGCCCUGAAAUGUCAUCAAAUCGUCCCUACACUUCGUGUAUCAAAAUCAGGGGCACCCCAAUAAUACCUCCUUUGGUCACACAAAAAGUCCGUGAGGAAUGCCUCGAAUACAAACGAAAAGCAAUCGAGUUAGAAAAAAAGCACGAAAGGAACCGACUUUUCCAGCAAUGUUUAGUCGACCUUGAGAGGCUCCAAGACAAAACCAAAGACCUGACAAUACCGAAGCAGACCACCCUUGAGAAUCAAUUGACUUUUGUUGAGGAUUCUUCAGUUCAUUCAUCUAGUCCCGUGCCUUACGACACUUACAAAAAACUACAGAACUUAACAAGUGAGACUAUCGAUGUUAGUGAGUACAGUGAUGAGGGGGUGAAAGUGAUGGGUAACGAGGAACGAGUCACCCCUCCAAAGUUGAUUCGGAGCAACUCGUACACUUUGGAGAGCCCCAGCCCCAUUCUUUUGGCCCAUUUGGAGAAAGAGGCCCGCAAAUGCAUAGAAAUGGAAGAGAAUGAGUCUCGGAGCUUGUCUCCAAUCACGGUGAUCGACAGCGAGCGGGAGCCCCCGUUACAGGUCGUCGACACGGACGUUUCAGUUCAGCAGGUCACUGUGACGACAGUGGAGCCCCAACUGCGGGAAAUCCUGGAUAAACUGCCCCAAGAACACGCCCGAAACAUCCUCGAAAUUUUGAAUAAGCAACAGGAGGAGCAGAAAAGUGUGACUGAAAAAUUUACAACCCCUGACAAAUCAAUGACUGUUUCAAUCUCAAGCCAGUCCCUUUACUACUCAGUAUUAUCGUCGGAGACGACGCCACAUGGCAGCCCCCUCAACGUUGUCAACCUCCGUAAUGCGAAAAAUAUGGACAAGGACAGGGCGGCGAGUGUGAUAGGGGCUGCAGUGAGGGGUUAUUUAGUUAGGCGACUUAUCAGGACUGAAAAGGUGCAAGGGCUGAUUGAUACGAUAAAAGACGCCCUUUUGUGCGCCAUCCAAUUACACAAUGCCGAAGUGAUUGAACCUGCCGAUGUGGAGCUCCACCGACGACUGAUUCAGCAAGUUUCAGCUGCGUGUUAUGCAUUCCAUGACAUUUUUUUCACACUUUCGACCAAAGAACAAAUGGGGAUUAUUGCUAUGGACAGGCAACGGAAAAUCGAAAAGGCCAAUAGGCCUCUCUCAGCGGCAAGCUCAAACUUGUCCAUUUCGCGGAGACAAAGCGCUCGCAUGGUGCGAUGACCAAGUGGCUUAUUAAAGACAAGCAAUGAUAUAUUUAUUUUUAUUAUACUAUAUAGCGACUAUGACUAAAUAAAGUAGUAUUUUAUGAUUA